CCAUUCUCGUAAGCUAUGGCCCGCCCUCUCUUUGCUUACUUCCCCAUUCCUCCACCCACACUGUUGAUACACAAGAAAGAGGAAGUGCCUUUGCUUGUGUUGUUGGAAAGUCGGCAGAAAGGUUUGUGCUUUUUCCUGAAAAUGGGCUCGCUAUUUCGGGGAGAAGAGAUGUGCCUAGCACAGUUAUUUCUGCAGUCUGGUAGUGAGUAUCAAUGUGUUAGUGCACUGGGAGAACUUGGACUAGUGGAAUUCCGGGAUCUCAAUCAAAAUGUCAAUUCCUUUCAGCGCCGAUAUGUAUCAGAGAUAAGACGUUGUGAUGAAAUGGAGACAACAUUCUCAUACCUAGAACGAGAAUUGCGUAAAGCUGGAGUACAAGUUCCUGAGUCUGAAAUGUCUCCGCCUGCUCCCUUACCGAGAGAUGCCAUCAGAAUGCAAGAAGAAUCUGAGCAGCUGGCAAAAGAGCUUAGAGAGGUGUCUCAAAAUCGACAGACUCUACAAGAGCGUUUGAGAGAGCUACUGGAAUAUGCCAAUAUCCUUCGGGAGAGCCAGAGAUUUACUGGGCCACUGCUGGAGUCUGAAGCACAAUGGAAGGACAGGUCUGAGGAUGAUCCACUGCUGGACCCUGCUGUAGUCAAUAAACAAGACCUCAGAGUCAGCUUUAUGGCAGGUGUUAUUCACCCAUGGCGCAUGAACUCAUUUGAACGUUUGUUGUGGCGGGCUUGCCGUGGUUACCUGAUUGUCAACUUUGUAGAAAUGUCAGAGCCAAUGGAAGAUUUGGUGACUGGUGAGAGUGUCACUCAAAUUAUAUUUCUAAUUUCCUACUGGGGCGAAAAAAUUGGAGAGAAGAUCAAAAAGAUUGCAAACUGUUUUCACUGUCAUAUUUAUCCGUAUGCUGAUGAUGAAACUUCACGCCUUGAGACACUAAGAAAUCUUCUGGUUCAGAUUCAAGACAUGCAAAAAGUGUUGUUACAGACAGAAGGUUACCUCUCACAAGUACUUUCCCGAGCUGCAUCAGCUCUGCACCACUGGAGAGUUAGUGUGCGAAAGAUGAAACAUAUUUAUCUCAUUCUGAACUUAUGCAGUGUACGGGAGCGUUGCCUGAUUGGUGAAGUGUGGUGUCCUGUGGUUGAUCUUCCCCUUCUUCAAAGUGCACUUACCCGGGCGUCGGAGAGCAGUGGAGGCGGUGGAGAGUCUUUCUGUCAUCGAAUACCUUGUGCUUUUAGCCCUCCAACUCUUAUUCGUACCAAUAAAUUCACUUCAGGUUUCCAGGGAAUUGUUGAUGCUUAUGGAGUAGCCACAUAUCAGGAGGUGAAUCCAGCUAUCUUCUCAAUCAUAACGUUUCCAUUCCUGUUUGCUGUGAUGUUUGGGGAUGUGGGACAUGGUGCGAUCAUGUUCCUCUUUGCUCUCUGGCUGGUUCUUGGUGAGAAUGAUCCAAAACUUAGACGUUCUGAAGAUGAGAUAUUUUCAAUGUGUUUCGGGGGGCGUUACCUUAUCCUGCUGAUGGGAGCACUCUCGGUAUACACAGGGUUUGUGUAUAAUGAGUGUUUCAGUCGACCAGCUGUCAUUUUUAACUCAGGAUGGAGUGUUGCUUCUAUGGCAAGAGCCAACAACUGGACGUCAGACUCAAUAAAUAAAUUGCCUCCAAUUCCUCUGAACCCCAACAUUACUGGUGUGUUUACUGCACCAUAUCCAUUUGGCAUUGAUCCUAUCUGGAGUCUUGCAGUAAAUCGACUUACUUUCUUGAACUCCUUCAAGAUGAAAAUGUCUGUUAUUUUGGGUGUUUGUCACAUGGCAUUUGGUGUCUGCCUAAGUGUCUUUAACUUUGUUCACUUUAGGCAAAUAUACCGCAUUUUCCUCAUAACCCUUCCGGAAUUGUUGUUUCUACUUUGUCUCUUUGGGUACCUGGUUUUUAUGGUGGUGUAUAAAUGGAUUGUGCUGACAGCUGAGGAUGCUGAGUGGGCUCCAAGUAUACUUAUACAUUUUAUAGACAUGUUCCUGUUUACUCAGAACCCUGGAAACAGAGAUUUGUACCAGGGGCAGCAAGUUGUGCAGACAGUUUUAGUGAUUGUUGCUAUACUAUGCAUCCCAGUUCUGUUGCUGGGGGAUCCAAUAUGUCUCCUUAUUCAGCAUCGGAGUAAAAAAGACAGCUCUCAUCAGAAUCGGUGCUCGCUGAAUAAUGGGGAUCGAGAAGCUCUACUGGAAGAUGAGAUUACAGUACCCACAGGACAUGGACAUGGCAGUGAAAAGUUUGAUACAGCUGAAGUUUUCAUGCAUCAAAUGAUUCAUACUAUAGAGUACUGUCUGGGCUGCAUAUCUAAUACAGCCUCUUACCUUCGACUGUGGGCGCUCAGCUUGGCACAUGCACAGCUGUCUGAGGUCCUGUGGAAUAUGGUGAUUAGAAUUGGAUUCUCCAAGUUAUCCUUAACAUGGGGCAUUGUUCUUGUUCCAAUCUUUGCUUUUUUUGCUGUCCUGACAGUCGCCAUUUUGCUUAUUAUGGAGGGACUGUCUGCUUUUUUACAUGCUCUCCGUCUGCACUGGGUGGAGUUCCAAAACAAAUUUUAUUCUGGUGAAGGAUACAAAUUCUUUCCCUUUUGCUUUGAGACAAUGUAUUGAUGUUAUUUUAAGGAGACAACCUAUAUUUAGCAUAUUUUUAUCCUCGUGAUGUAAUUAACGUUAUUGCUAUAGAGGAGAUUGCUUAAGAUAACUAUUAUCUGAAUGUAACUGUUGAAAUAAACAUUUUAAGCAUUU